UAUGCCUAUUCGUACUCCGCACUAGGGUUUUCUAUUGAGUUCUUCUCCAGCGCCGCUAACAAAGAGAUCCAUUUCACUCUCCAUCCAAUCCCUCACACAACCAUGGAGGUUCUGAGAUCUCUUGCUCAAAGUUGUUAUACCGUCUCAUUUCCUCAGAUGAAUAAGUCAUGGAAUGAUGACUUAUGUUUCUUCUGUAACUAUGUGUUGGAGUUUGCUCUUUUUUAGAAGGAAUCUCUCAACGACUGUGAUUUAUUUUUAUCCACAAUCAGUCAUGGUUAUUUAUUGUAGCAUCAAUCAUGACGGAUUAGCGCCGCUACUACAGAAAGUUGUGAGAGUGUCUUUUACAUCAUGUUGGUGUCCUAUUUGGACUAUUACUCCAGAAAGGUUCCAAAUACUAGUGAUACUACUGGGGUCCCAGUCCCAUGACAAGUUGUUCAACAUGAAGAUUCCCUGACCGUUACACACAUGAUUCGUCUCGCUGGUUCAAUCUUAACCAUGAGCAACCGCUACAAGAUACAAAACAGAUAAGAACCUUUGGACAAGAAUUUAUGGUCACAAUGGCCAGAGCAGUGAACUAUGAAUUCUAGUACAUGUGAGAUGACAUUAUUGUGUGAAACUAGUGUCUAUCUAUUUCAUACUAUACUGAAUAUUCAGAGGUUCUUACCUAUUUAGAGUGCAUUUAGAUAAACUACUUAAUUAAACACGUAUGGUAAGUAUUUGGGUUAACAACUCAAUUAAGUGUUUAUCACAUAAGUGGUUAUUCAUUAGCUAAUUUGAGAAACUUAUUGAAAUAAGCUGAAAAUUAUAAGUUCAACUAAGCUCUCUUCCAAACAGCUGCAGAAGUGAUUUUGCUAUAAGGUCAACUAAGCUCUCUUCCAAACGGGGCAUGACACUUAUUCUUAAGCUAAUUUGAGUAACUUAUGAAAAUAAGUUCAAAAUAGCUCAUAGGUAUAUCAUAAGCUAUUUUUACAUUAGCGCAUUCAAACACUUGUAUACGUGUUCAUACUAUAAGUUAAGCUCAAAUAAACUCUUCUAAAUGAGGGUUAAAUAGUUAUUAAAAAGAGAUAGACUCAGUAAUGUGAAGUUUACACAUGAAAGGAGAGAGGACCACAAGGAUAAUGAUGGAUUGAAUCUAUCUAGGAUUAGAUAUUGGGACUACGGUUGUUGCCUGCUGUUCCUCAUCUCUUUGCUCAAACUAGAUAAUUAUACCAAUUCUCAAUACACUUCCAAGAUUCUAGUGGCAAGAAGAGUUUGUGGGUCUUAGCCAGAUUGGCCAACUGUGACCUUGACCCCACCAAGUCACAUGCCCACAUCUCUUGCAUUUCAACUCACACUUAGAUAGUCCGUAGUUAUCUUUAUUCCUUAUAUUAACAUAUCUGAUACGUUUGGGACAGCAGAAGAAAAAGAAAAGGAACACAUCAAAGUUGUUUGCAACUCUAAUAAUUGGUUUCAUACCAAAACAUAAAAACUUUCAAGUGCAAAUUUAGAUUACACAAUCAUGGAGGUUGCUGUGGAACUUGAGGAUGAUCUGUUUUUUGCAGACCUGAGCAAGCAACUUUCUCUCUUAAUUAUGGAUGAAGAUGAUGACCCCCUUGCUUCUUGUGCUGUCCACCCUCAGUCAUUCUCUGGAGCAAUUCAUCCUCCCCCACAGUCUGCUAUCCUCUAUGAGCAGGUUUUGAGAAGACAAAGCAAAGGGACAGGAGUGUUUAUUCCUCAGUCAACACAGCCAAGAAGGAAGCAAAGGAAAGGAAGAACAAGUUCAUAUGCAAAAUAUCAAAAGCAGUCUCAAGAUACAAGAAUGAUUUCUCAUGUUCCUAUAAAAAAUCCUUUCAAAGAAACAAAUGACAGAGCAUAUAUAGAUCCUUCUGCAUGACAAAGUUAUACCGAUUAAUAACUUUGCCAAGUUUAAUUAUUGUGGAUCUUAUUCUUUAGUCUUUAGGUAAUAAUUUCAUGAUUUGUGUCAAGCAUUUAUAUAUAGGUCAUUAUGUACAUAGGAAUGCGACAUAUUAGUCUAUUGUAGCAAUAAAAAUCUAAGGCUUUGUAACUAUUCACCAGGGUGAUUUAUGGUUAUUUGGUUUGAUAAGUUUA